ACGACGCAGCUGCACGGCCGACGGAGCAGCCUGCCCUGCGCCGCUUUUAGCUGUCGCUUUAAGACCCAUUUCCCCCCAUUGUCAAAGCGGUCGUGAACAGGAAGAGGGAAACGAAAGCGGAGACCGAGGGGGGCGGGGGAGCGGGUCCGAUCUUAUUUAAACACGCCGUGCAAUGAGGCAUGCCAGGUGGCUACAUGUGGAGGACAGAGCUGCGGUCAACACGGACGCGAGAGAUCUGCAGGAGUGACCCGCUGAUCGGAUCCGAUUCUCGGCGUCUUCUCCGUCCCUGAAGUCGCUGCAGGACAUGAAAGGCACGGAGGUGUCAGCGCGAGUUAUCGCCCCAGGAAAUGAUGACAGUGUACUCCAUCAUCGCUUUGCUGCUUAGAGGAAACAUCUUUUGUGACUGUUUCAUGCGGGAUUUUGCUUUAUGUUAAUUUUAGACGAAAAACAAACAAAAAAAGGAUCAAAUUAACCGAUAUAUUGCAGAGUAGGAGCAGGUGCAGUGCGCCAGCCUGUAGUCCCGCAGGUUGUGGACUCAGACACCCUCUUCUGAAUCUGCUUCAAGAAUGGCUUCUACUAUAGAGAGGAAAACACUGGAGGCCAAUGAGGAGCCAGUGGAUGAGGUCCUGCAGGUGCCGCCAUCCCUGCUGACAUGUGGUGGGUGUCAGCAGAGCAUCGGUGACCGGUUCUUCCUGAAGGCCAUCGAGCAGUACUGGCACGAGGACUGCCUAAGCUGCGAUCUGUGUGGCUGUCGGCUCGGAGAGGUGGGCAGGAGGCUCUACUACAAGCUGGGAAGAAAAUUAUGUCGUCGAGAUUAUCUCAGGCUCUUCGGUCAGGAUGGUCUCUGUGCCUCCUGCGAAAAGAGAAUCAGAGCAUUUGAGAUGACAAUGCGCGUGCGGGACAAGGUUUAUCAUCUUGAGUGCUUCAAGUGUGCUGCCUGCCAGAAGCACUUCUGUGUGGGGGAUCGCUACCUUCUCAUUAACUCAGACAUCGUGUGCGAGCAGGACAUCUUUGAGUGGACCAAGCUUAACAGCAUCGUGGUCUAGGGCGGUGUCUGUGGAACUUUCCUGGCGGUUUUGAUGAACAGCUGUCCUCAAAGCCCAUGCAGGUUUAUUCAUGCAAUAUGUCUGGAUUUAUAGGGGGAGAAAAGCUACAUCUCAGUGUUUCUGCAUGCAACCCUGCACUUUUAAUUAAAAUAUUUCUAAUCUGAAUUUCAUUCCUGAAAGCAAAAAAAAAUAAAAAAAACUUUGACAAUGAACGCUAGGAUUUUUAAAAAUGAUAUAAAUAAACAAUAAAGCAAAAAUAUCUUGGCUAUGUUGAAAUGUCUUUCAAGUUUCUUACAGUCAGACACUGUUGCAAAAUUCUGCCUGUAAUGCUGAAUAAGAAGUGUAGUAAGCUUCCUUUUACUGGUUUUGUAUUUUUAAAUCAUGUACAGUUAACAUAAUUAUGCGGAAAUGUGAAAUUUUUUCAUGUUUUUAAUAUUUUUUUUUUUGCCUAUGAACAAAUUUCUGUAUAAAUAUACUGCUUUAACAAAUUAUAGGUAAAAUCUUAUUUAAAAUUACAUUGUGAAAUUAUUGUUUUCUAACUGGAACAGACCUGACAAAACGAUUUUUCUGUUGCCAGGUUGAACUUGUGGCGCCCUCUUGUGGAUAAGGGAACCAAUGCAACACUUUUACUUCCCGAUAGUCUUUUAAGAACAUUGUGUAAUUUCAGUAACCUGGACUUGCCUCAAACAUUUUGGAUAUUCUCUGAUCUGUAUAUUUAAUAAAUAACAAUUUGAAGUAAAA